AUGGCUGAACUGAGUCCUUGGAGAUCGCAGGCUCGCCACCCACUUAUACCUCAACUUCGUCAACGCGAGGUCGAUGUGCAGCUCGAGCUUGAUGUGACCAAGGAUGUGAUUGAGCGGCGAGUCGAUCGAGCAGCUUGCCCGAGCCCCGAUGACGAAGCUGCAGCUGGGACAGCAGCAAAAGCACCACCGGUUCCACGCUUCACUGCCGUGAACGCCCAGGCCGGGCCCGCUCCGAGGCUAGGACCUGUCACCGAGAAAGUCUUGAUGUCGGAGCCAGACUCACGUGGAUCGGCAAGUCCCUCAAGAACAGCAUCUCCGUCAUCAACUGUGCCGGCUCAACAUCGGGACGUAGACGACCGAGAGUGGGAGGUGUGUCAGAUUGUGGACAAGCAAUUCACACAUGGUGGUGUCGUGCGGUAUCUCGUACGAUGGGCGGCGACAACGCACCCUGCCGCUGUCCUGCGUCACGGAGAAGGAGGUGAUGUCACGGUGGUGGUCGAUGGGCAAGACUUCGCCGUCUGUCAAUACUCAACCGGUGCAGCUGACGAAGCGACUGGUGAGCAGCAGCGCAUUGUAGAAUGGAAGACAACAUGGCACAACACGUGGGAGCUUGCUGAUGCCAUCAGACUGGUUCGCAAGUACGAACAAGCACACGAGCCAGUCUAUGGAAGCUCGGACAAAGAACUGAAACAAUCGAGAAAGGACCUGGUACUGCAACACCCGCACUGGAACUGGCCAAUGACGUUCAAGAGCCAUCACGACCAGGAGCACCGGCCGGAUCCCGCGAAAAGACGAGAUAUUCUCAAGCCUGACUUUGUGCCCGAGCCGGGAGCCGACUAUACCGCCAGCUUCUGGGCAUGGCAAACAGACGAAAUCGUUUCUGGCCAGUGUCAGAUACCCAGCGCGGCACGGUUUCUCAAUCGGCCGCUGCGGCAAUAUCUUCAGUUCAACGGCGAUUACUUUGCUGAGGAGCUACAUAGGACCUACAAUGCUGGUACCACAGGCAAGCUGACUGCUCUGUACGCUCACAUGGUCGGUUUGGCGCAUCGUGUGAAAUGCACGAACUGUCAGAAUCUUGAAGUUCCAUUCUCGAAGUGCGUCACAUUGAGUACAUCCUUCAGUGGCGCUUGCACGUGCUGCCAGUAUCUCAAUAAGGGCCAAGAGUGCACGUAUCAUCAUCACUAUCGAGAGUUCUACGAGGAGCAGAUCCGCAAGGACCUCAAGCGCGAGCGCGAGUGGGAUCCGACGCAGUUGGAGCAGCAUGCCAACAUUGAAGAUGACGGUUACAACUCCAGCGAUAGCGAAGAUUCUGGGUACGGUGGAAGCUCGCCGGCACGUCAUGAUGCGGCCGCCAUCGAUGCUGAUAGUAGGCAACGAAUCGACAAGGGCAAAGCACCUGCGAGAGACAACCCAGCAGCUUCACGCGGCGGAAGCGCAGGAGACGACCAGCCAUCCCAAGAUCCCGCGAUGAACAAUUCUCAAGAAUCGGCAGGAUCAGUCCUUGAUCAGGCGCGCCGUGAGCGCAGGAACAAAAAGCGCAAGAUCAUGAAAACAGAGGCUCAGAAUGACUCGCUCUCGUCCGAAGCAUCCUGGCAUCCUGGCAGCUGCGGACGCUCUUGGCAGAUCUGUCGCCAUCCAACCAUCGGUCACGUGCGCCCGCCUAUUGAAGAUGGAUCUUUACACCCGCCCAACGUGGUGUUCAACAACCAACGCUUCUCGGCUGGUGAAGCAACAGACGAGCAAGUACGCUAUAUUAUCAGCUGCAGCACAUGUCAGAAUACGACAAAACUCGAGAAAGCUUGGCAAGACGCUCUCGAAGAAGCGAGGACAGACGGCGAAGUCCUCGACAUUGGCAAGGAGACGUACCUGUCCCACCUCUUUGCCGACUGGCUGAACGAGAUUGUGAAGAUGGCGUGUCCUACCCCAUCGCUGCCACCAAGGGUCGACAUUGACCUUACGCUGGAUGACGAUUGA